GUGCAUGGACCGUGGUGCAAGCAACUCUGACACCUGCAUUUGAGCUGGUGCAAAGCCUUGAAAAAGUGCAAGAAUUUGCCGAGACCUGGAGAAAGCAAGAGCUUUUUGAAGGCAACGACGCGAAGAAACAUGUUGACAAAUUGACGACAAGUAUUGAACAAGCUGUAGAUGAAGGGAAUACUGUUCUCAUCCCGAUUGCGCAAGAGGCAGACUUGCCUCUUAAGCCAAUCAGAGGUACACCUUUCGAGAAGCUCAUGGUUGCAGUGCUUCAGAAUACAAGCGUGGCUGGAGUCUACGCACUGCAUGCAGAGCCAGGUGUUGGAAAGUCAACUGCUGCAACACUGGCAGCACUUGAGCUGAAAGGUAGACAGCCGACGGAUGUAAUCGUGCUGUUGCAGAACGACUUUGAGCGGCAACUGGAAUCUUUCUUCUGCGUCUCCAACAUCAAGUUUUCUGCAGAAAUCGCCCGCCCGUUCUUCACCAGCCUGAAGGAUAAGGGCAUCAGAGUGAGGUUAAUUUUGGACAAUGUUCUGGAUAGCGGAAGAAUAAAUGAGCUACUUGGAGAUAGAUUGAGAGUGAUCGCCCGGGCUGCGAAUGACAACCUUCACCAGGUCAUUGUCAUCGUGCAGAGUGAAGCUGCAGCGAACGAAGUCGGAGAUCUCAAUGGUGAUACAACGCAGAAAGGGAAUCAGAUGCCAGCAGAGUGUUACAGGUGGUCUAGAGAAGAGGCGCAGGAGCUCUUGAAUAGCACGAAGAUUCGAGAACUCUUGAAGCAGCGGUUACGACCUGAUGAAGAAGCCGACGACCUAAACGGUCUCCUGGCUGAGGCUCUAGAGCGUUCGGAAAUCCCAGACAAGCAUGGCGGUUGGAGACCUAGAAGUACCAUACGAUACAUCAUGACUGGGGAUAGACCAAGCGCACCUCUUCCUAUCCCAGGCCCAUCCACCGCAUCUGCAGGAACCACUGCCUCCCCCAUUACCUGGGUGCGGCAGCUCGUCUUCGACGAGGCUGGCCAAACCUACGACGAAAGCCUCCCGGCCUUGAAAAUCAAGGAGGCCGUGGAAGAUGUAGACGAUUUGAAAAAGGCCAUCAGAAAGGAGAAUCCUAGCAGCAUUGCUUGCGAUGCCUAUCAACUUUUGAUUUACAGCCGCGACAAGGACGGGGAGUGGAGGCAGGAGGAAGAAGACGCCGCGGUCAGCCGUGGUGCAACGAA